GGUAUGGAAGCUCUUAGAUACAUGUCUGUGAGUGUUACAUCAUUCCUUUUUUUUCAGAUAAUGACGCUAUAUUUUUUAAAAAUCAGUGGCCCUUUAACCGAUUAGAAGAAAGAGCAUUCCUUUCUUGUUUAAAGAAUCUCCAUUAUUAGGAUCAUCAACAUGUGAAUCUGGUUUGUGGUCAUUUCAGCAAAUUGUGUUUAGUGAUUUCUCAGAUAACAGAGCUUCAUAUUUCUGUGGAAUUCCCAUUUGCUGGGGGAACUGCUGCUGCUCUCCUGAUUGAUAUACGAGGGCAAUGGCACACUUCCAUUUGACAUUUUUUUUACCUCACUCUUCUAUUUAAACGUCUGCUCCAAGUUCCUUCUCCCCCCCCCCCCUUAUGUUUGGAAGAAAGAAAUAAAUAAAAGGAAAGCAAUGUGACGGAGAGAAGGGAACAACAGCAUUGCCUGGAUUUUCCAACUUCUUUCUUUACAGAACUCAACAUGGAAAUGGAGACUGUGGGUGCACACUUCAGAGUACCCAACCCAAGUCCUACAGUUAGAACAGAAUGCAUUGUGUAGCAUGAGGAAGCAGCAUUCUCAUUGAAAAUACAACCGGAUAAAGUAUGGCAACACAAAACCAUUUCCGAAAACUUUCUUAAAAAAACAAAAGAAGAUUAAAAUUAGAUCCAAAGCAUGUGGAACAAUGAAACCUUGGAAGUUUAUGGAAGAUUUUUAUGUAAACCUAAAAGGAAAACUGGGAUUGAGUGUUUAACCAAUUAACGUCCAAGACUUGCCAUUUCUCCAAAGCAUUUCAGUGAACGAUGGGAAAUUAUGUCCUUCUUGCAUGGAUUUCUGCUCUAUCUCUGGUGGUAAUUUUGGUCAAUGCAGACAAAAAAGGCAAAGCAUUCCUGGCAGAAUCAGAUCCUGAUCGUUGUAUGAGGCAUCAUUAUGUGGAUUCGAUUAAUCACCCACAACAUAAAUGCACUGCCAAGAUGGUAUUGCUAGCUCGAUGUGAAGGACGCUGCAGCCAGACUUCACGCUCAGAUCCACUUGUUUCCUUCAGUACAGUUUUAAAGCAGCCAUUUCGUUCCACCUGUCAUUGCUGCAGGCCUCAGACUUCUAAGCUGAAAGCCAUUCGCUUGCGUUGUUCUGGGGGCAGAAGGAUGACUGCCACCUAUCGAUACAUACUAUCUUGUCAUUGUGAAGAGUGCAAUUCAUAGAGACAUACAGAUGACCAGUCAAGGUCUGAAAAAUGAGAAGACAAAAUAUUUGUAAUAUAUUUUUUAUGUAUUGAUUACAGUUUUGUGAAGACUUUAACCUGCAGAUGCCUGCCAUUUGGAUGUGAGGAAUGAAUAUCUGUUGUUUUUUUAAUCAUUU